GGUUUCUGGGCUGGACCAAUCUUUGAGACGAGCAUGGCCAAGGCAGCGCUCCUCCGCAGCGCGCUCUGCUUGACGACGGCCAAGCCGCGACCGAGCCCGACGCUCUUCAUGUUCCCGGGCUUGAAGGCGCAGCCCUUCCAUGAAGCCAAGGACUUUCCGUGGACGCAGUCGUUCACGGACAACCUCGACACGAUCCGCGAAGAGUACGUCGCGUUGCGCCAUGCGCAGAAGGAGAGCGACUACGUCCUUGCAGGCCAAGAGCACGCGCUCCACCAAGGCCAGUGGGACUGGUUCAGCUACGUGACCAAGGGCAAGAAGGUCGACCUCUUUGAGACGCACUGCCCGACGACGACGCGCCUUCUGAACGCGAUUCCGGGCUUCAUGACCGGGCUUCCGUUUGCGUACGCGUUCUUCUCGACAUUGCAGCCGCAGAGCGCGAUCAAGGCGCACUCGGCGCCCUGCAACAUCCGGCUCCGCUGCCACUUUCCGCUCUUUGUCCCGCCCAACUGUGGUAUCCGCGUCGCGGACGAGACGAAGGAGUGGAAGGAAGGCGAGUGCAUGGUCUUUGACGAUGCGUACGACCACGAGGUGUGGCACGACGGCCAAAAGGGCGAGCGCGUUGUGCUGCUCUUUGACCUCUGGCACCCCGACUUGGUGCCGGGCGAGAAGGACGCGCUCAUCAACAUGUUUGCCGACGCGACCGACAAGGGCUGGCUCUCCAAGUAGUCCAAGCUGGCCGGAUUGUCGUCCGCUCCAGCGCAAUCACGACAUGUGGCAUAAGAAUACUAGCAUUAAGAAAUGAGCGUGCACGAACGAACGAA